CUUUUAUUGUUCAAGAAAGAAGUGUCCCUGUCAUACACAGGAAAAACAAAAUGCUCCUUUUGGUGUUAGCCCUCCUAAUUCUUUGUGGUUUUUUAUGGAAUUAUAAAGGACAGCUAAAGAUUGCAGACAUCACUGAUAAGUACGUUUUCAUUACUGGAUGUGACACUGGUUUUGGAAACUUGGCAGCCAGAACUUUUGAUAAAAAAGGAUUUCAUGUAAUUGCUGCCUGUCUGACUGAAUCAGGAUUAACAGCUUUAAAAGCAGAAACCUCAGAGAGGCUUCACACUAUGCUUCUGGAUGUAACUGACCCAGAGAAUGUCAAGAGGACUGCCCAGUGGGUGAAAAAUCAAGUUGGGGAAAAAGGUCUCUGGGGUCUGAUCAACAAUGCUGGUGUUCUUGGUGCACUGGCUCCCACUGACUGGCUGACAGUGGAGGACUACAGAGAACCUGUAGAAGUGAACUUGUUUGGACUCAUCGAUGUGACAUUAAAUAUGCUUCCUUUAGUCAAAAAAGCUCGAGGGAGGGUUAUCAAUGUCUCCAGCAUUGCGGGUCGGCUUGCAUUCGGCGGAGGGGGCUAUACUCCAUCUAAAUAUGCAGUCGAAGGCUUCAAUGACAGCUUAAGACGGGACAUGAAGGCUUUCGGUGUGCACGUCUCAUGCAUAGAACCAGGAUUGUUCAAAACAGAAUUGUCAGAUCCAGUAAAGACCGCUGAAAAAAAACUCGCCAUUUGGAAACAACUGUCUCCAGAUAUCAAACAACAAUAUGGAGAAAGUUACAUUGAAAAAUGUCUAGACAAAAUGAAAGGCAACAUAUCCUGUGUGAACCUGGACCUCUCCCUGGUGGUGGAGUGCAUGGACCAUGCUCUCACAAGUCUCUUCCCUAAGACACGUUAUGCUGCUGGAAAAGAUGCCAAGAUUUUCUGGAUACCUCUGUCUCACAUGCCAGCAGUUUUGCAAGACUUUUUAUUAUUAAAAUGGAAAGUUGAGCUGGCUAAUCCCAAGGCAGUGUGACUCAGCUGACUACAAAUGCCUGCCCCAGGCUAUGAGUUCGGCUGAUUUCAAGAACAAGUCUCUCUUUUUUUUUUUUUAUCUCAUUUCUUACCUAAUCUCACCUGGACUCAUUUAGAUGAUGCUUCUUUUGGUAAAUGAAGGAAUCCUACCACCACUGAUGAUGUCCCAGUGUCCCUUCUCAAGUUUUCUUUGAAAAGAAAGGCAGGGAUAGUAUAUCACAUGGUACCUGCCCAACAUUUAAGUUUUGCCUUCCUCGUAUGACAAAAGGGCAAUUGAAAGACUUUCUCAUCCAAAAUGAUCUCCAUCAUAGCUUGCCCCAUGCUUCUAAUCCCCACCACUUAGAGUAACUCCAGUACGUUAAAUAUUUGUCUCUUAUCGAAAUGUUCAGAGAUAAGUAGAAUAUU